CCAGUCUGACAAAGUUUCGCAUGCAGGGAUGGAGCUGAUUACAAACUGCUAGCAGAAGGAAUAGGGCCGAGCUCGGGGGACUCGAAGAGAGCAGGGGGGGAGGAGGAGAAGAAGGACUGAUAUAACAAGAGCGGCUGUCGAUGCGCAGAGCAAUUCUCAGUCACUCCAAGUGUUGGAUCCCAGAGCGUUAAAGGGGAGCGGGCUUUCCAUUCAGGUCGAGCGCAGCCAACUUUUCUUUCUUGAGUCCGUGGCGCGGGUCCGUUCACCAGAUAAUACUUACUUACUUACCUACAUUUGUAUAUAUAUAUAUAAUUUUUGUAAAAGUGAAAUACGGGGCAUCAGCAGAUCUGAAGCUUUACGAAACCUCCGAGUUGGGAAGUUUAUUUUCCGCUGAACUGCAUGACAUUUCUUUGAAGGACUUGAGAACCUGGCAGAGUUUUCUUCACCUAUAACGCGUGGUGUGGGAUUUUGAGCCGAGACGGAGAGUUCUCAAAUGCAAAAGUACAUGUAUGAGAAAGCAAUGGCCCAAGAGACAAGGAACGGAGGAACCUCUACGUUAAACAACAACAAUGGUGUUGACAACAGCAAGAAGAAGCUGCUAAUAGCGCUCGACAUCUUCUGUCUUCUACUUGCUGUGCUGCCCUGCCUGGCUCUACACCGCACCUCUGUUCGUCCAUACCAGAGGGGUCUCUACUGCGGUGACUCCAGCUUGAGAUACCCCUACAAGAACAGCACCAUACGCACCUCAGUGCUCAUUGGUGUUGGACUGACACUGCCCACAGUGUCCAUCGUGAUUGGAGAAUGCUUCAGGAUUCACCAGCUACAUGAGGGAACCAAGUCUUUCGUUGGAAAUCCUUAUGUUGCAGCCCUCUACAAGCAGAUGGGCGUGUUUCUCUUUGGAUGUGCCGUCAGCCAGUCAUUCACAGACAUUGCCAAGGUGUCAGUGGGCCGUAUGAGACCCCACUUUUUAGAUGUGUGUAGACCAGAUUUCUCCACCAUAAACUGUUCAUUGGGAUAUAUCACCAACUAUACCUGCACUGGCAAAGAGAGCGAUGUACAGGAGGCCAGGAAAUCUUUCUUCUCAGGACAUGCCUCUUUUUCGAUGUUUACCAUGCUCUACCUGGCUUUCUAUCUCCAGUCCAGGUUUACAUGGCGUGGCGCUCGUCUCCUCCGCCCACUGCUCCAGUUCACCCUGUUGAUGAUGGCCUUUUACACCGGCCUAUCGCGUGUCUCUGACCACAAGCACCACCCGACUGAUGUCCUGGCAGGCUUUGUGCAGGGAGCCCUGGUGGCCUACUGCAUAGUGUUCUACGUGUCGGACCUGUUCAAGCCCAGAGUGAAACCAGCCACGCCGCCACCCUCCCCCAUCAAGAAGGAGCUGCUCCCUUCAUCCGACAUCAUUGAGAGGAACAACCACCACAACAUGGUGUGAGAAAGGCCUCAGCUUGAUUCCUGUGACAGAGGAGCCAAUCACAGCGCUGCUCACCUCCCAUCGAACAGUAGAAUGUAGCGAAGAGAGACUGUAGCUGCUUCUCAAAUGGCAUCCUCCUCCCUUUUACAGUGCCCAGCGAGGCACUUUGUGGACUAGGGUGUCAGAUUUGAGAUUUGCACAGAGUCCACUCUCACUAUCCAGACUUAUUUUGUACUAUUAUGUUAACUACUAAUCACCAUUUGAGCCCAUCGUUUUGAGCACAAGCAGAAAAGAAUUGGAAGCUAAAAGGCAAAAUGAAUUAAGCAACUGAUUGACAGGCAGAGCCGAGGGUGUGGAGGUUUGAUGGAAGUGGAACCACAGAAAGGGAAAACACUUGUGAAGAAAAACGAAUGAAGAAAAGUGACACAAAAGAAAAAAAAAGACAAACCCCCUGCCUAGCGAGAGGGGGAUGUCCAGUGAUGCUUCCUCUCUGAACUCUCUGUGGCCUUGGAAUGCUGUAGGA